CGCAUGUGACCGCGAGAGGCGGGGACUGAUUAAGACUCUGGCGUUUACAGUAGCUCAGAUGCAUCGGGCAUAGACGUGACGAGUUACACCCCCGGUCUCUGGACUGUUUUCUCCUGGGGUCGAUGCAGAUAUUUUGUUUGGGUCAGUCAAAGUUGCCAAAUGACCCGACGUCAGAUAAAAUCAGUUCGACCGAGAGAAGAGGACACUGGACGCGAAGUCUGCUGGCUGAAGGUCAUUUUGUAAUCAGAUCAAUAUCUGCUGGGAUGCCUCAGACAACCAUGGGCCAUUAGGCUCCAAUGAGUCCUGCAGCAAAUCGCCUACUCUCUGCCUUGAAACCAUUUGACCAUCACAUGUGGCUCUAUGAGAGGAGCGUCACAGACUGAUUUUGGAUCAGAAUGAACUUUGCCUCUAGCUGUUUUGUAUCCAAACACAUUGUGCAUCAGUAGGAGUGCCGCACAUGCUCAGUCGGGCCUGUCUGGUGUUUUGUAGUAUCAGCAGGAAGCAGUCCUUCCUCCUCCUCCUCCUCUCUCCUCCAGGAGCAUGCCCUCUGAGCCUCCUCCCAGUGAUGAUAUAACUGACACUGCGGAGGCACUUUGGUGACAAUGGAGAGCAACAUGAUGACUUCAGCAGUGCCCUUCACCCCCACCCCAGCAACUGUUGUCAAUAAUAACAUAGAAAGAGCACAGUGUCACCCACAUAUUCCAUCAGGGUAAAUCAUGUAUAUGUCAUGCCACAGUAAUAAAGUAAGCAUUAAUUAAAGAACAAAAAAUUUAGCAUUUAGCACUCCAAUGUGGAUAAAAUACUAACAAAUGUGUUGGUUUAUUCAGCAAUUUUUGGUAAUGCCCAUAUCCAUAUUAAUUCAAAGAAGGUUCAUAAUUUUUACUUAUAAUAAUACAAUUUUAUUGUAAAAGUGUAUAUAUUGCCUUGCUAAAAUAUUAUAAAUAUAAUCUUGCUUGCAAUUAAUUUGUUUUUAAAACAAAUUUAUAUAAUUUAGACUUAAAAUUGUUAGAUUAAUUUAAUUUAUAUUUAUCUUUAAAUCUUUACAGUAAAAUUACAUGUACUUUUUAAAACAAAUAAUAAAUAAACAAAUUUACUGUAUCAUUUCUGCAUUAUUUUUUUUAAAUACAUUUUUUUCCCCAGUGUACAGACCGAGAAUGAGAGCUAAAUCUGAAUGUGUUGAGCUGAAAAGAGCUAUUGAGGGCCACAGGAGCACUCUCAGGACAUGCUGACAGGACAGAGGCUGUGUCAGUCCAAAUCCCACCAGGACUCUGUCCUCUCUGCCCUUAAUCAGCAGCGCAAGGACGGACUGCUCUGCGAUGUCACCCUGGUCGCCGGGGAGCAGAAGUUCCAUGCUCACAAGGCAGUCCUUGCAGCCUGCAGUGAUUACUUCCGGGCCAUGUUCAGUCUGUGCAUGGUGGAGAGUGAGGCAGAUGAGGUAACUCUCCAGGGUGUGACUAGCGUGGGACUGAAGCACGCACUGGACUUCGCCUACACAGGCCAGAUCAUGCUGGAGCCAGGAGUGAUACAAGACGUCCUGUCUGCUGGAAGCCACCUUCAGCUGCUGGAACUGCUCAGCCUCUGUUCUCACUAUCUCAUUCAGGAGCUGAACAGUUUUAACUACCUGGACCUAUACAGGCUGGCAGACCUCUUCCACUUGCCGGCCCUAGAGGAAGCAGUGGUGGGCUUUCUGGUGGAUCACCUUUCUGAGCUGCAGAGGAACAGACAAGAGGAAGUGCUGCUCCUACCUUAUCGGCUCCUCAGGGAAGUGCUAAAAAGCGACCGCCUCACCUCCCUCAGUGAGGAGGAGAUAUGGCAGUUGCUGGUGCGUUGGCUGGAGCAUGACUGCAGAUACCAGUACAUGGAGGAACUGCUGCAACACGUGCGUUACGGCCUGAUGGAGGUCACUGCCCUGCACCGUGUGGCCAACAGCCACCCCUUCCUCAACUCCAGCAGCACCGUUGCCGCCCUGGUGGAGGAGGCGUUGGACUACCACCGGUCCGUAUUUGCACAGCCUUUACGUCAGACGGCACGGACCACUCCACGCUUUCAGUCGUUGACCCUGUAUAUCGUCGGCGGGCGCAAACGGGAGGUCAGCCGCGUACGGGAACUGCGGUUCUUCAACCCUUCCGCGCAGGAGCACUUACGUGUUGCCGGGGGUUCGAAUUGGAGUGAGUUGGCGCCCAUGCCUGCUGGACGAAGUCACCACUGUGUGGCAGUCAUGGGAAACUUCCUGUUCGUGGCCGGCGGGGAGGUGGAACACGCCACCGGACGGACGUGUGCGGUGAGGACGGCGUGCCGGUAUGAUCCGAGGGUGAACCGCUGGACUGAUAUUGCACCGAUGAAGGCGUGCAGGGAGCACUUUGUGCUGGGAGCUCUGGGACAGUAUCUUUACGCCGUUGGGGGGAGGAAUGAACUGAGGCAGGUUCUGCCCAGUGUGGAGCGCUACUGUCCCAAGAGAAACAAGUGGACCUAUGUGCAACCGUUUGACCGCUCGCUGUCCUGUCAUGCAGGUUGUGUGGCAGAUGGGCUGCUCUGGGUCUCAGGUGGUGUCACUAACACAGCUCAAUACCAGAAUCGACUGAUGGUGUAUGACCCAGGACAGAAUCAGUGGUUAGCACGCAGUCCCAUGUUGCAGAGGAGGGUGUACCAUGUGAUGGCGGCAGUAAAAAGGCAGCUGUAUGUGCUGGGGGGGAACGAUCUGGACUACAACAAUGACCGCAUCCUGGUUAGACACAUUGACUCUUACGACAUAGACAUGGACCAGUGGACACGCUGCACAUUCAGUCUCCUCACAGGCCAAAAUGAGGCAGGAGUGUCUGUCCAUGAUGACAGAAUCUAUGUGGUUGGUGGAUAUUCAAUUUGGACAAAUGAACCACUUGCCUGCAUUCAGGUGCUAGAUGUGAGCAUCAAGGGGAAAGAGGAGGUUUUUUACGGGCCGACGCUCCCGUUCGCUUCGAAUGGAGUGGCGACAUGUUUCUUGCCUGCACCGUACUUCACAUGCCCCAACCUGCAGACCCUACAAGUACCACAUCACAGGAUAGGAGCUCUCUAACCUCUCCGCUCAUAACUCAAGGACAUUCCCACAAACACACUAUGAACCAAUGAAAUCAUGUGAGAGCCUAUUGUACUUCCACAAAUUGUGACUGGUGGAUGAAACCGUCAUUGAUCAUACAUUGAUCUUGUGGAGCUAGUGUUCUGAUGGAUGUGGAAACCUUCGAAAAGUAGUUAAAGAGUUUUUUAUUGUCAAGCUUCACUGACAUUCAUGCAUUUCUGAACUGGAUGUGUUGCGGUGCUGCACCAUGCUAAUACAGUUUAACAAGCAGCGGUAAAUCUGUCAGAAUGAUUAAGAGCCACUUCAUGGCCCAGUCUCAAAUGGUGCACUUGAUGUGAACCUGUGGUCCGUCAAGUCCACAAGAUUGCGGGUUGUCCCAUUUAUCAUUUUAACAUAAAAAGGGUGUUCAUACCUCACAGUGAACUUUACUCAACAAUCCAUGCAAAAUUAAAUCAAAAGAAAUACGCAAGAGUGGCAUUUGGGACAAGGCCGAAGUGUCAAGGAACUGUUUUCAUAGAUACUUAGGACUCCAUCCAUUCUCCAUUCUGACCUUAAUGUUCUGCCGCUUUUAUCCACAUGUCAUUUCUCAGCCUAUGACAAACUGUACUUUUAUCAAAACUCAGGAUGAAGACCGUACAAUUGUUUACUGAAUGUGUAUGACCACAGCUGAGGACAAAUGCACACACAGCAUCUUCACAAUCUGCGUCAAUGGCAGCAUCCUGACUGUUCUCCAUCCCACCACCAGAAACCCAUUCCACAAGAAAACAUCAUCAGACAGCGCAGCACCAAAGGAAGUGGAACUGUGAGCAAGGCGGGAUCUCUGUCACUGUUCCUUUUCAGGAGUUCCAACAGGAAAGAGAGAACGGCAGCAAGUCGAGGAGGAGGAGCGAGACCUUUAAACUGGAG